GCGAUGCUGGCCCUGGAGCUGCUGAGCCUGGCUUGGCUAGCCGGCGUGGUGAUGGGGCAGAACGAGACGGAACCCAUCAUCCUGGAGGGCAAGUGUCUGGUGGUCUGUGACUCCAACCCGGCUUCCGAUCCCACCGGCACGGCGCUGGGCAUCUCGGUCCGGUCGGGCAGCGCCAAGGUGGCCUUCUCGGCCAUCCGCAGCACCAACCACGAGCCGUCGGAGAUGAGCAACCGCACCAUGAUCAUUUACUUCGACCAGGUGCUGGUCAACAUUGGGCUCAACUUUGACUCGGAACGCAGCACUUUCAUCGCUCCCCGAAAGGGCAUCUACAGCUUUAAUUUCCACGUGGUCAAGGUGUACAACAGGCAGACCAUCCAGGUGAGCUUAAUGCUGAACGGGUGGCCGGUGAUUUCCGCCUUUGCCGGGGAUCAAGACGUCACACGAGAAGCUGCCAGCAACGGGGUCUUGAUCCAGAUGGAGAAAGGAGACCGCGCCUAUUUAAAACUGGAGCGAGGAAAUUUGAUGGGGGGCUGGAAGUAUUCCACUUUCUCAGGAUUUCUAGUUUUUCCUCUUUAA